AUGGAGGAAGGCGCCAAAACCAAGAUGCUACAUUGGCACAAGGACGUCUGCGCUGAAGCAACGUGUCGCUGUGGCAAGUCCUCCGUUGCCCUCCUCAUCGACUGGCUCACGGUCGACGCCGACGCCGGCUUUCCCAACUAUGCGCGAUGGAGACGCGGCAGCAAGGCGAAGGCCGGCACGAACAAGAUCGGGAUUGCAGGCGAGAUCUCCUUCGACCUUGUAAAGCACGGCCUCCACCGAAGCGACAAGUCGGUCAAGGCCAAAAUUGAAGAGUUGGAGACCAAGUACGGAAAUGUGCUCGACAAGUACGGCAGCGGCAUCGACGAAGACGAAACCAUUCUUGGCGACGUACUUAAAUUAUGCCCCCACUACAACGAAAUCAAGGGUGUUCUUGGCUCUCGCCCACCCGCGCGCCCAGUGCUCUGCUCCUCGAACGAAGACGAGACCCCGGUAACGAUGGCAUCUCUAUCGCGUUUUGCCGAUGACGACGACGACGACGACGACGAUGACACCGAACACAACGAGUCCGAUGGAGGCGACGCGGUGGGCAAAGAGCCGGCAGAAGAGCCGCGCGGCGACGAAGACGCAGCCAGCCCUCGCCCGCAGCCGCCUCCAAGGGACGAGGGCUCGCCACCGCGAUCGGUCCUUGCGUCGUGUGCGAGGACGCCUUCGUCCAACUCGUCCGAGAAGGGGCGCGAGAAGCCGUCAGAUUCGACCCAUACGACCCGGGCACCAGACUCAGCCUCCAAGCCGCCCGCCAAGAAGAUCAAGUUGGACAGCGCCCGCAAGACACCGAAAUGUAUCGCCGAAGGUAUGGCAUACGGUUUUCAAGAUAUGUCCGCUGUGACGAAAGGCGCCAUCGAGCGCAUGUUUGAGAGCCGCUCGGCCGAGCUCGAGUACAAGAAGGCCAAGGACAAGAGAGAGCUCGCGGCCAAGAUGACCAAGGAUCAAGUCGAUCUCGAGAAGAAAGCUCGAGCUCGAGAUGAAGAAGUCGGAGCUCGAGAUGAAAAAGUCCGAUGCGAUCGAAAAAACACGGUCUCUGCGUCAUGCCGAGAUGAUGCAGGAAGCAGCUCUCAUGCACAAGAUGGGCUUUAGUAAAGAGGAGGUCAUGGACUACAUUCGUAGCAACCGCCAGGACAUUUCAAGACCA